ACGAUAAUAAAAGAAGAAAUGGUAGCUUCGACUGUCACUACAAUAUUUAUGGCCUGAUAAUCAUAUGACGUGAGAGGAUCCGAGCGCCAGACCCGAACUUUGGAUCUCGUCCCGACGACUUGCGCUCUUCCGUUCAACACCAUCUCCCACCGCACGCGGUAUGAUCCCCUCCCUCGCAUUGCAGGCAUGUCCUGCCCUCCACCAGCAUCUCCUAUAAUCCCCGGCGCCUUCGAUGACAGCGACGACAGCAGCAGCAGCACCACAGACUACGGCUCCGACUUCUCCCCGGAAGAAGACGCGCUGCUGACCGACCUGCUCGCCAAGAUCGCCCCGGAUCGCCACGCGAUUACCACCACUGCCCCAGCAGAAGCAGCAGCGCAUCCACCUCCGUCUCAGGUCGCACCCGUCAUUCGAGAUAUCGAAGACCAGUAUGCGGAUCCCUCGAAUAGCUGGGUACCUAGGGUCCUGGGGCGCGAGAAGCCUACAUGGCCGCAGCGGAAUUGGGCGAAUCGGCCGGGUGGCGGCGGCGCAAGAGCAGCGGCGAUUCCAGGCUACGGUCGUGCCGCGUCUGUCGAGCAUCCGAAUUCGACAGAAGGGCGCGAGAGAGAUCGCGAACGCGAGGCAGCUCGUCAUCAGGAACGGAUAGAGAGGGAGAAUAAUGAUAAUAACAACAGCAAUAAUAACGAUAAUGCUGAGGUGGACACAAGGCCACCUGUGGAAAGGUUUCGACGGCCUCCGAAUAAAGCCUUCUCAGUCACGGAUCUGAUCUCGCCGGCGUGGUGUGAGCUACAGUAUUGGUAUACGCUGACCAAGUUUGGGCGCAAGCGGAGGACACCGGCGAUGAAGUUGGGAAGUAAUAUCCACAAGACUCUUGAGGAUGAGAUCUACACGACCGUUCCGGUGGAUAUUACUACCAAAGAGGAUGCGCUGGCCUUGCGGAUUUGGAAUAUCAUCCAGGGUCUGCGCAUGCUGCGGGAGUUUGGGAUUACUCGGGAAUUGGAAGUCUGGGGCUUGGUGGAUGGAGAGCUCGUUACGGGCGUGAUUGAUCAGCUUUCUUAUGACUGCCCUGACCCGGAGCUGGAGGCAACCGCUGCGACGUAUUAUGCUGACAUUGAGGCGUCGAGGGCUAUUUUGCCCGAGUAUCAGAUGUCGUUGUCAGAUUACCUGCUCUCCCCGACGGGGGGCGGGAGGCUUUUGUCGGAGGUGUAUGGGCAGGAUGAUACGCCUCCCAAGGCAGAUCCUUUGGACGUGGACAUGGCCAACAGCAGCCAAGAGUCCGAUAACCUUCCUCAUCUGCCCCGGAUCUAUCUCACCGACGUCAAGACACGCGGCAGCGGCUCCGUCCCAACCGUCAAGAGCUCCUCAUUCCGACCUACUCUCCUCCAACUCCAACUCUACUACCACAUGCUCAACCGCCUCGUCCUCAGCGACGACGUAACCAUCGACCUCCUCGCCUCGCGGUACAACCUCGACCCCAACCGCCCUUUCACCGACGCCUUCAUCAGCGAAGUCGGCGGCCUGAACGAACAAUUCUUCGACGCUAUGUCCUCGCAAGAUUUCGACCCAGACUAUAUCCCCACCCCCCGAGACGCCAUCGAGCAUCCCCAGCGUCACUAUCCAUCCCAAUCUCAACCUGAUUCCCUCCCAUCAAGCCAAGACUCCGCCACCAUCCUCUCCACCCACAACACCCUCACCACCCUCUGGACCCUCAUGAAAUCCCACCUUCGACUCACCUUCCUCCCCUCAUCAGCAGCAACGCACUCCUCACCUUCCAUUCCCUCCGAAUUCCAACCCCGCAGUCUAGACUCCUACCCCACCAUCCUGUCUCCGCUGCUCACGGCGCGGUAUCUUUCCUCGAAGCCGAGUGCGGAUCUCCAACCGCCCCGUGUUCUGGGGAGUAGGUCGUUCCUGUUCGAUCCGACGUCUAUGUCGUCGUAUUUGACAGAUCAGAUGCAUUGGUGGCGCGGGGGAAGGGAUCCGCGCGGCGUGGAGGUUAUGGAGGCGUGGAAAUGCCGGAUUUGUGAGUUUAGAGAUGAGUGUGAGUGGAGGAGGGAGAGGGAGUGGUUGUUUGCGAAUAGGAGAAUGGGGAGGAAGAGUAAGGUUGAGGGGGGAGUUGAGGUUGGUGUUUGACCAGUAUAUAUGUGUGACUUUUUAGGGGAUUGAGGUUGGCGUUAUGGAAUGGUGAUCAGAAAAGAGGUAUGGUGUUGGUACAGUGAUAUACUACUCUAUAUAACUACAGAAUACAACAGUAUUAGAACUAAUACUAAUGAUCAUUCAAUUGUUC